AUUACAUGCAUGAAAAAAAUAUAAUGUUCUUUGUGUGUAUCGUAUGGGGCGAUACAGUCAUGAGUUAAAGUUAAUUUACGAUCUAAAUGUUGUACAAAAGCACAUUAACACACACACAUCUCAUGCACACAUGCAAAGACCAAUCUGUACACAAAUACUGAAGGGGAAGAAUGAUUGGUUUAAUAAAGAUUCAAAGUUACGUUUGUGAGAAUAUAGUGGUGUUUAUGGCCAUUUACAGCAAUCCAGAAAUAACUGCAUUUCAACAGAGCUUUUUCCUUACAAAAAAUGUAUCAACCCCGACAAAAAUGUCCAUUAAUUAUAAUCCACAUUUCCUGUUGCUGGGAGGCUGUGUGUUAGUGGGUGGCUGUGUGUUACUAGGUGGCUGUGUGUUAGUGGUUGGCUGUGUGUUACUAGGUGGCUGUGUGUUACUAGGUGGCUGUGUGUUAGUGGUUGGCUGUGUGUUACUAGGUGGCUGUGUGUUACUAGGUGGCUGUGUGUUAGUGGGUGGCUGUGUGUUACUAGGUGGCUGUGGGCUACUAGGUGGCUGUGUGUUACUAGGUGGCUGUGGGUUAGUGGGUGGCUGUGUGUUACUAGGUGGCUGUGGGCUACUAGGUGGCUGUGUGUUACUAGGUGGCUGUGGGUUAGUGGGUGGCUGUGUGUUACUAGGUGGCUGUGUGUUAGUGGGUGGCUGUGUGUUACUAGGUGGCUGUGGGUUAGUGGGUGGCUGUGUGUUACUAGGUGGCUGUGUGUUAGUGGGUGGCUGUGUGUUACUAGGUGGCUGUGUGUUACUAGGUGGCUGUGUGUUAGUGGGUGGCUGUGUGUUACUAGGUGGCUGUGUGUUAGUGGGUGGCUGUGUGUUACUAGGUGGCUGUGUGUUAGUGGGUGGCUGUGUGUUACUAGGUGGCUGUGUGUUACUAGGUGGCUGUGUGUUACUGGGUGGCUGUGUGUUACUAGGUGGCUGUGGGCUACUAGGUGGCUGUGUGUUACUAGGUGGCUGUGGGUUAGUGGGUGGCUGUGUGUUACUAGGUGGCUGUGGGCUACUAGGUGGCUGUGUGUUACUAGGUGGCUGUGGGUUAGUGGGUGGCUGUGUGUUACUAGGUGGCUGUGUGUUAGUGGGUGGCUGUGUGUCACUAGGUGGCUGUGGGUUAGUGGGUGGCUGUGUGUUACUAGGUGGCUGUGUGUUAGUGGGUGGCUGUGUGUUACUAGGUGGCUGUGUGUUACUAGGUGGCUGUGUGUUAGUGGGUGGCUGUGUGUUACUAGGUGGCUGUGUGUUAGUGGGUGGCUGUGUGUUACUAGGUGGCUGUGUGUUACUAGGUGGCUGUGUGUUAGUGGGUGGCUGUGUGGCAGGUUGUUAAUGAGCUCAUAGAGGGUGAAGAUGCUGAAGGAGAUCUCAUCAUAGACAAGACAGGCCACGUCUGACGUGUCCCAGCUGAAGGCAGCUCCCGGUAGGCCAGGUCAGAGUAGGAACUGGGGCCUCGUAGAUCACCCGCGGGCCAGACCAGCUGUCCGGGUGGAGGUGUAGGGAGGCAGGGCACAGCCAACCCACAGCUCUCUGCGUCCUCCCCCAUCAGGACAGGUAGCCUAUCCUAAUCAGAGAAGUCAUUGAAAUGACACUCUCUAAUUGUUUUAUUUUUUACAUUUUGUCAGGAAAUGCAGCUCUGUCUCAGGUUCUGCUUCGGUGCAGUGGUUGUCUCUAUCGCUCUCUCUUUCUCACUCUAUUCUCUCUGUUUCUCUCUCUCUCUCCCUCUCUUUUUUGGUGAAUGCAUGUUGUGUUGCUAUGGGGAAAUAGAGGCCUUACUGUUUACUAUUCAUCCAAUCAUUUUUAUUCUGUUUUCUCU